GGUUUUGAGCUGUGGCCACGGUUUGCUCGAUUUUUCUGUGCAUUCGCUCUUAAUCCUUUCUUCUUGUAGGUGAGGAAUUGACCUUAUAUGUCAUCCUUCUCAGCAACGUUUUCAUGUACGAACUACAUGGUGAAAAUUUAACACCAAAAAUAACGAGAUUGAUUAAAGAAAAGUUGGCACUCAUUCCAGACACGAAGCUAGUGAUAGGUCAUGACCAAUUGGCAAACCAAUCAAUUGCCCGCGAAACUCUUGAAGUGUAUUUCCCUUGGGACAUUCUUCUAGCUACAGUGCGUGAGCACUUAGAAAAGCGCUGGCAGACUCUGGACCUCAUUUCAGUGAUGCAAGAGGUAAAAAGGACUCUAGCAAAUUCACAUGCACGCCAUAGAUUUCCCAGAAGAGAUGGACCUACAGUGCGUGAAAAUCUGUCUUGUAUUCCGAGACUUCAGAAAGUUGACAAAUCUCUUCGAAAAGUCGUCUCCAAACAAGAAUGAAUCAUCCCACUAGCUUAUAAUUCCUUCUAAGUAUCCAGCCUUUCUCCACCCCCUCUCCCUAUCCCUACGAUAGUUGCCCCACUUGGCUCUCUCUUUUCCGGGGGGAAACUCCUUAUAAUGGCCCAUACGGGGAGGUUCCACCUGAAAGGUUUACCUUUUACAGGCUUCAGGUAUAUGAAAGGCUAAGGAAUUAACUUGCUGAAGUAUAUGGAUGGGUAGUGAAAUCUGUCAUUUCGUUCUGUAAAAUGACCUAAAAGGGCUAGAGAAGGAUUAAAAGAAAUUGCAUUUACAGCAGCUAAAAGGGAUGCAAAGUUUAAAACUAGUUAUGUAAAUGGGGUGCUAUUUGUUAAUGAAAAUUACACAAAAGGGGUACCUUUUCUCCCAAGAAAGGUAUACAAAAGGUUAAGGCCUUGGACUUCGGGGCGGAGUCUCUCAGUAUAAAACUUUGUUGAGUUCCUCCCUCGGGCUCUCUUAAACUCUACAUUCUUGGUUGGGCUGCCGUCAGACAGUGUAACCAGUCGCUAGUGUGAACUCAAAUAUUUAAACAUUGGCAAAGAGUUUUUAAAUUACAGUCGCCUUGUUUUCUGACUGGUUUUACGAGUAAGAAUAGAAAAUAUAGCGUUUCUAGUUGGAGAUUUCUCUUCAACUCAAUUUGAUUUUAAUUGGCACACAAAUGAAAAAAAGCCAAAAACUUGUCAAAGGAAGUAACUAGGCUAGAUGUCUUUAACUAUGAAAUUUAUGAUUUGGUUUUGAUGUUUACAACUUUACCUUCUUUAAUGUAACAGUAUAGUUAGUAAAUAUAUAACUGCAGCCUUUUUUGUUAACUUGAACACGAAGAACAACAACAACAACAACGGUCUUUGUUCUUUCAACAGUUAAGUUAUCUUAUGUAUAACGUCCAUUGCUAAAUAAAGACAGCUCCCACAAAUUUUCUCGAUAAGUUUACUAAAAUCAGUAAAAAACAUCAUUACAAUACGCGAUUAUCUACAAAGGAAUGUUUCUCUGUCAAAUUCUCCAAAAGAGAAAAAAUGAAAAGGUCUUUAACUAGGAUUGGUGUGUUUAUUUUGUAUUCUAUUCCACUUUCUGUUAAUUAACUCUCAAUAAAUCUAAUUUUCGUGAGAAAACAAAAUUGGUACUCAAGUUCUAGAUGAUGACCAGAAAGCUAUGCGAAUGUGUAAGGGUAUUUUAUGAAGUUAACAUGAUAAUUAUAUACCUCUGGUUGUAAUUUUAGUCUAGUUCAAGUGACAAAUAACUCUAUACUUAAAAGUUACGUGUAAAUGUAGCAAGAACUUCCAGUGCUGCUUUCUAUAUCGCCUUGGUCUUGCCUUGUCCCGCCUAGAUUCGCUUAAUAGCUAUUUACGAG